AUGCCUAAAGAUCCUGCUGUAGUCAGCCUAGGACCUAUCACAUCCUUCAAUCAGGUCUUGAAUCAUGUUUCCAAUUUCAUCCCUAGAGAUCUCCCUACGCCAAAACCGGAUCAGUGGUCCUUUGAUAGGUUCAAUACACCAGAACCGAGUCCAAAACGGGUUGAUAAGCAGACAUCGAAACCAACAACCAGCGGCAUUUAUAAGAAGUCUGAAGUUCGGUUCCGGAAGGAGACAGAGACAAUAGAGCGACCUUCGCUAGACAGAGGUUACUCAUCUCAAUUCAGCAUUGAAAGCAGUGUCGAUGAUGGACCACCAUUACCAAAUGGCCUCAAGCAUGCCCAUACGGUUUUAGGGGGUGUUCCUCUAACCUUUGAGAAGUCGCAUCAGAUUCCCACUUUCGGCCCGCACGAGCACGAAGCCAGCGGUCCACAGUCGAGAGCACACGCGAAGAUCAAGUCUUACAAAGACGAUCCUGAGACAAGAGCUUUCCCCAGGAUCUCACAACCUGUUGAGCUCCUCAGGAAUGAGUACGACUGCGUUGUCAUCGGAUCUGGAUAUGGCGGCGGCGUUGCUGCUAGUCGUAUGGCGCGAGCUGGUCAAUCUGUCUGUCUCCUAGAGAGGGGAAAAGAGAGAUGGCCUGGAGAAUACCCGAGCGGUUUCAUUGAUGCUUUCAAGCAACUUCAUGUCUCGGGCGAAUUUGCGCCAGGUUUCUUGAAAGGCGCAAUGGUUGAAGGUGGAGAUCCAACGGGUAUGUACCAUCUGAUUUGCGGCAAGGGACAGAAUGCUUUCGUGGGUAAUGGACUCGGUGGCACCAGUCUUUUGAAUGCCAAUGUGUUCUUGGAAGCUGAUGACAAGACCAUGAAGAUGGAUUGUUGGCCGAAAGAACUGCGGAAAACAGAUUCGCUCAAGGAAUACUAUGAGCGUGCAGCGAGUGUUCUAGAGCCUGAGGAAUAUCCGGAGGACUGGCCGGAUCUACCCAAGUUGACUAUGUUGGAGAGACAGGCUGAAGCGCUUGGAAUGGGCGAUAAGUUCAGGCGGGUGAAACAGACUACUCGCUUCAAGGGAGGUCCCAAUAGUACUGGAGUCGAGAUGUACCCUUCUGCAUUGACGGGAAUGGAUUGCACUGGAGUCAACGAUGGAAGUAAGUCGAGUACUCUGGUCAAUUAUCUCAGCGAUGCCUGGAAUUGGGGAGCGGAGAUGUUUUGUGAGUGCGAAGUCCGAUACAUCAAGAAGCAUCCCGAUCCAGAAGAAGAAGGUUACUUGGUCUUCUUUGCCUGGCAUGGUGCGAACAGGGGCGCUUUCCAAGAGAAUAUCUACGAAGAUCUCAUGUGGGUACAUGCAAAGAAAUGUGUGUUUCUUGGUGCUGGCUCCAUCGGCACGACUGAGAUCCUGCUUCGAAGCAAAAAGCUUGGUCUCUCCAUGAGCGACAAAGUUGGCAUUGGCAUGAGUGGGAAUGGAGACAUCCUAGCGUUCGGAUACAAUUGCGAUACUGAGGUCAACGGUAUUGGUCGUCAAUAUCCCUCACCAUCGAGGCCUGUGGGACCUACUAUCACUGGAAUCAUCGAUGGCCGGCAGGGCAUCGACAAUGCUUUGGAUGGGUUCGUGAUUGAAGAAGGUGCUAUUCCAAAAGCACUUGCUCCAUUGUUCCAAACCAUGUUGGAGAUGAUGCCAGGAAACCAGCUCCCGAAAGGACAGACAUUGACCGAGAAAGUGAAGCAUGCUGUUGCUCAGCAAGGAAGCCGGUUUCUGGGACCGUACUUCCGGAAAGGAAGCAUUGAGCGAACGCAAACCUAUUUGAUCAUGAGCCAUGAUUCGAAUCAAGCCACUCUCACACUCAAAGACGACAAGCCAAUCCUCGAAUUCUUAGGUGUUGGCAGAAGCGAUCAUGUCGAGUACCUCAAUGACAUCUUACGACAAGCCACACAAGCUGUUGGCGGAACCUAUGUCAGCAGUCCAUUCUACGCAGCUCUCGGUCAGCAGGAAAUCACUGUCCAUCCUAUUGGAGGAGCGUGUAUGAGCAAUAGUGAUUCAGGACUCGAUGGUGUCACGAACCAUUUCGGUGAAGUCUUCGAUGGCAACGGCAGAGAUACACAUGAAGGUCUUAUCGUUACAGACGGUGCAAUAAUCCCAACAGCACUCGGUGUCAACCCAUUCGCAACAAUCACCGCUCUGGCCGAACGAUCUGUUGAAUACGCAGCCAAGUAUAGAAUCAGACAGCCAAUCGACUUCGAGACCAAGAACGAGGUCUUGGAUCUUUUCGCAGAACCACAUCAAUAUGCUUCAGACAAGAAGAUCUUAUCUCGCACGGACACGCAGAGAAUCACGGACGCUAGUGAUUGGGUCAAGACAACGAGACAUAAUAAGGCCAGUGGAUUUGGUUUCUCGGAAGUCAUGUCUGGGUAUAUUCACGUUGGUGAUGGCAUUGAAGGUGAUAAGUUGGAAGACUACGAGACUGCUGCGAAGACUGCGAAAGGUUUGUGUGAGGAGGCGAGAUUCUUCUUGAGUGUGAAGGCUUGGGAUACGGAGACGAUCGUUCAUCGAGAUGACCACAAGGCCAUGCUGACAGGAACCUUCACCUGUGCUGGUCUCCACGGUAGUCCAUUCAUGGUUCAGCGAGGCACCUUCCAUUUGUUCAGUGUCUAUCAACAGGCACCUGGUACACGCAACCUGAGUUAUGACUUCGACAUGACCUCGACCGAUAACCGGCAAUUCCAUUUCCAUGGGUUCAAAGUCGUUGACUCUUCGGUUGCUCUAGCUCCAUGGCGCUUCUGGACUGCUGCUUCUACUUUGUAUGUUACGAUCUCGGAGGCAGAUGGAGACAGGCAAGUCUUGGGCCGCGGAAUGAUGCAUAUUAGACCUACAGAUUUCCUUUCCGAGGUCUUUACUCUUAAAGCGUCUGGGCGAAAUCUUUUGGCGAAAAUGCAAUCCACUCUCAGCUUCAUGGGCUUCUUCGCGAAACAAUCUGCUAGUCUCUUCCUUGCACCAUUCACUUGGCAACAGUACCCAUCCGUCACAUACAGCGGAUACAUUAACGAGACAUCUCCCGACCAUACCAUCAAGAUCAUCGCCUCAGAUGGCGUUCAAACCUUGCUUCAUGUCUUUGAACCACGAAACGAGAACAUCGAAACCAAGAACCUGUUCAUGGUCCCCGGCGCCUCAGUCGACCAACAAAUCUUCGCUCUCCCAACCAUCGAAGUCAACGCCGUCAAUUACUUUACCAGAGCCGGCUACCGUGUCUUCGUAACAGUCCACCGGAUCUGUCAACUCAUGGUCGCAGAAAACAACUGGACAACAUACGACGCUCGCCUCGACAUCCGAGCGUCUCUGGUAUGGAUCCGCAGCCAAUGGGGACAUGAACCCGUCUACACCAUCUCCCAUUGCAUGGGCGCCGUCGCAUUCUCCUCUGGCCUCCUCGAUGGAACCAUCCCCUCGAAAUGGAUUAAAGGCAUCUCCUCCUCUCAAGUGCUCAUGAACCCCAUCUGGUCCCCUCUCAACAUGGCCAAAGUCCUCGCAGGACCGAUUCCCAUUGACAAACUGUAUAGGAUCAUCGGCGGAAACUGGUUCUCGUGCUCCUCCACAAGAGAUGAUUCUUAUUUCCAGCAACUUAUCAAUCAGCUCUUACGCUUCUAUCCCGAUUCACGAGAGGAGAUUUGCAAUAACGUCAGCUGUCAUCGCUGCUCUCUUGUAUUUGGACGUCUGUGGAAUCACAGGAAUCUAAAUGAAGCAACGCAUAGACAGAUUAACCGCUUUUUCGGAGGCGUGAACAUGACGUUGCUUCAUCUCUUGAUGCAAAUGGGCUACAGAGGCUACGUUACCACCAACGGGCCUCUGUUCUCCGAACUGACCACGGAGACGAAUAUCAAGAGGCUAAAAGGAAUUCCGGUUAUGCUGUUCUCGGGGUCCGAUAAUAAGGUGUUGACGCCAGAGAGUACGGAUAAGACGUACAGUGUUCUGAGGGACACGUUUGGGUGCAAGGGGUAUAGUAGACAUGUUAUACAAGGAUAUGGACAUUUGGAUUGUUGGAUGGGGAGGAAGAGUUAUGUGGAUGUCUUUCCGGUGGUGAGGAAGGAGGUGGAUAGAGUUUGUAGAGGGGAGGCGUAUAGGUACCAGGAGUUUGAUUGGAAGAGGGAUUGGGAGACUUGGAGAGAUUUGAAGAGGAGUGGUCGAGACUUGCCGAUGAGGCAUCCCCGGCAUCGUCAUGGGAAAGGGGAUUCGGAGGGAAGUGACGAGUAG